AUGCUCUGCAAUUAUGGCGUUUCACUACCCAGAUGCGAUCCCCUCCGUUUCUCCUUCCUCCCAUCAACCCGACCUGACCCACUUCUUAUUCCCUCCUCUGUAUCCUUCCGUGUCGGACCCGGCCGAACCAUUAAACUCGUUAAGUCCACCAUUAAUGACACUCUGUCACUUACCUCGGAGAAGCCCUCCAGUUUCUACGAUUUACUGGGCAUACCCGAGACGGGCUCUUUGAUUGAGAUCAAACAAGCAUACAGGCAGCUGGCUCGGAAGUACCACCCGGACGUCUCCCCGCCUGGUCUGGCUGAGGAGUAUGCUCAGCAGUUUAUAAGGGUACAAGAGGCCUACGAAACGCUGUCGGAUCCUGGAAAGAGAGCGUUGUACGAUCUAGACAUGGCUAAGGGACUUCACCUUGCAUUCUCUACCAGAAGGCAUUCAAAAUUUGACCAGCAAAUGGAAGAGAAGUGUGAAUGCAAGAGGCGAUGGGAAUCUCAACUAUCGGAGCUAAAUAGAAGAAGUAUGUACGAGGACUCUGCUGACAAUAUGUCGUGGGGGGCACAGAUGCGGAGGCAACGAAAGGAAUCAUCUUAA